AUGGACUUGGAUAAGCCAUCCGUCUGGGGAUCCCUGAAGCAGAAAACUAGACCAUUCCUGCAAAACCUCAGCAUGAAGAAGACAAAGAAGAGGUCUAGCAAAACAGUGGAGAGGAAGGUCCACUCCUUGGACCGACGCCUCAGCGUGUCCGUGCCUGAUAUGCUGGAGGUGGAGACUGUUAUGGAAGAAGAAAGGACUUACUCGAGUACUCGGGUGUUGUCGAGCUGCUCACCCAAGAGCUUCUCCAGGUCUGUCGUGGCCCUGAGGAGCAGAAGUUCGGUGAGGCUGGCGGGCGAGGACUGGCCGUGGAUGCCGCAGCCGGCGAUGCACACGGAGGUGACGGUCACCAGCCCGGACACACAGGUCGCAGGUGGCCCGGUGUCCACGGGGAAGAGGAGGUCCAGCAACGAGCUCUUCGAGCUGCUGCAGAGUGCCCGCCUGAGCACUGCGCUGUCGGACGGCGGGGCAGAGUACUCAUGUGGAGAAAUGGAUAUAGACUCUUCCAUAUCGUCUCAAAUUUUUGAUGAUCAGGUGGCUCUGGAGGAAGCCAACGAUUGCUUGAGCGAGCUGCCCAGCCCCUUUGCCUACCUGCUGACCAUCCACCUGAAGGAGGGCCGGAACCUGGUUAUCAGGGAUCGCUGUGGUACAAGUGACCCGUAUGUGAAAUUUAAAUUGAAUGGGAAAACUUUAUACAAAAGUAAGGUAGUCUACAAGAACCUCAACCCGGUUUGGGAUGAGACUGUUGUGCUGCCCGUACAGACCCUCGAUCAAAAACUCUGGAUAAAGGUGUACGAUCGAGAUUUAACGUCUUCAGACUUCAUGGGUUCAGCAUUUGUAGCACUCGCUGAACUUGAACUCAAUAGAACUACUGAACAGAUUUUAAAACUGGAAGAUCCCAACAGUUUAGAAGAUGACAUGGGAGUGAUCGUAUUAAACUUGAGUCUAGCAGUCAAGCAAGGAGAAUUCAAGAGAAAUAGAUGGUCGAGUCGGAAGAAGCGAAAUUCAUCCAAGUCAAGUUUCAUGCGAAGCGUGCGACUCUCCGAUGCGUUGCGCAAGAACCAGUUGUGGAACGGCCUGGUCAGCAUCACAUUGUUGGAGGGGAAGAACAUCCCCGGAGGGGGCUUGGCAGAGAUUUUUAUUCUCCUCAAACUGGGAGAUCAAAGAUACAAGAGUAAGACACUGUGUAAGAGUGCAAAUCCUCAGUGGAGGGAACAGUUUGAUUUUCACUACUUCUCUGACAGGAAGGAUAUGUUGGACAUUGAGGUCUGGAGAAAGGAUAACAAAAAGCACGAGGAGCUUUUGGGAAGGUGCCAAGUUGACAUUAGUGCCCUGCCGAUGAAGCAGACCAAUUGCUUAGAGCUGCCUCUGGAAAAACGCCCAGGGUCCCUGCUAAUGUUGAUUGCUGUUGCCCCAUGUACAGGAGUGUCUAUCUCUGAUCUGUGUGUCUGCCCUUUGGGAGACCCCAGUGAAAGGCAACAGAUUUCACAGCGCUAUUGUGUAAAGAAUUCUUUUCGGGAUAUGAAGGACAUUGGCUUCUUACAAGUCAAAGUUUUAAAGGCGGUGGACCUGUUGGCAGCAGAUUUUGCAGGUAUUUUAUUCCUAUUUUCCAGCAUAUGAUGCUAUAAUAUAUUUCUUCAAACACACACUGUUUACAAGAACCUCAAUCCGGAGUGGAAUAAAGUUUUCACGUUCCCUAUUAAAGAUAUUCAUGAUGUUCUGGAAGUUACCGUGUUUGAUGAAGAUGGAGAUAAACCCCCUGAUUUUCUUGGAAAAGUUGCCAUCCCUCUGCUGUCUAUUAGAAACGGUAAACAAAGUUGUUACACGCUGAAGAAUAAAGACUUGGAACGUGCUUCAAAAGGAGUAAUUUACUUGGAGCUGGAUGUCCUGUUUAAUCCUAUAAAAGCAAGUAUUAGAACAUUCAAGCCUCGAGAAAAGCGCUUUACUGAGGAGAACCGCAAAUUUUCUAAAAAGAUCUUAUCAAGAAAUGUUGAUCGCGUGAAAAAAAUCACCAUGGCAAUAUGGAAUACAAUACAAUUCCUUCGGAGCUGCUUUCUUUGGGAAUCCACGGUAAAGAGCGUGAUAGCGUUUGUGGUAUUUGUGGUCACCGUCUGGAGCGUGGAACUGUACAUGGUGCCCCUGGCUCUGCUGGUGCUCUUUGCUUACAACUUCUCCCUCGUCACAACAGGGAAGGUCAACAAUGCCCAAGAUGCCCAGGAGCUUAUGGGCUUGGAUGAAGAUGAGGAUGAAGAUGAUAAGGAAUCUGAGAAGAAGGGGUUAAUUGACAGAAUCCACAUGGUCCAAGAGAUCAUUAUAGCUGUUCAAAGCAUCCUAGAAGAGAUAGCAUCGUUUGGAGAGAGGAUUAAAAACACAUUCAACUGGACAGUGCCUUUCCUCUCUGUCCUGGCCUGCUUGGUCCUGGCAGCAGCAACAGUCAUGUUGUAUUUUAUACCGCUGAGGUACAUUGUUUUAAUCUGGGGCGUAAAUAAAUUUACUAAGAAGCUUAGAAAUCCCUACGCCAUCGACAAUAAUGAGCUGCUAGAUUUCCUCUCCAGGGUACCAUCGGAUGUUCAAAAGGUGCAGCACGCUGAAUUGAAACCAUACAGCAGCUCCAGUCCCAUUAGGAAGAAGCGGAGCGCGCUAUAG